UUUACAAGUCAAGGUCACUGACGUCACUUCCGGCCCCGCGGCGCUCCUUUAGCCGUGUUGUGGCUAAGCUAGCCGCGUGAACAGUUCAACAUGGCGGAUUUUCCCGCCGUGGAACAGGAAGUGACGCUCGUCGUGAAUCAGCUGGCCCGCGCGCUGCUGGCAGAGCUUUUUCCCGCCGCGGAGAUCAAACAAACCGAGGAGAAGCUCAGCGCUCUGUGUGUCCUCGCCGUCCACCAGGUCCUCAACAUCUUCAAGGAGGCUGCAGGAGGCCCGAAGGAGGCUCAGGGAGGCCCGAAGGAGGCUCAGGGAGGCCCGGAGGAGGCUGCAGGAGGCCCGGAGGAGGCUGCAGGAGGCCCGGAGGAGGCUGCUGGAGGCCCGGAGGAGGCUGCUGGAGGCCCGAAGGAGGCUCAGGGAGGUCCGAAGGAGGCUGCAGGAGGCCCGAAGGAGGCUCAGGGAGGCCCGAAGGAAGCUCAGGGAGGUCCGAAGGAGGCUCAGGGAGGUCCGAAGGAGGCUGCAGGAGGUGAUGAAGCUGAGCGCUCCUCUGGACAGACGUACGUCGUGGUUUACAGGAGCGCCGGCGCCGCCUCAGAGUGUCUGCUGCUGUCACUGCAGAGCCAUGCUAACCCUAAUGCUAAAGAUGAAGUCACAACUCUUCGCGGUGACCCCGCCCCCUCCUCGCCGCCUCUGCAGGCAGACUUCCCUGACCACGGGUACGCCCGGCCGUCCUCGCCGCCGCCUGGCACCGGCCCCGUCUCUGCGACGCGCAGCAGGAAACGGCGCCACAGCCGACGGACAAAAGACACGGACACGCCUCCGACUGCAGAGACAGGAAGUCACCAGCAGUGCUCGCGGUGCGGGAUGUUGUUUCCAAGCGCAGAGCGGCUCAGCGACCACGAGAAGACCGCUCACCCGGCGUGCUCGGUGUGCGGGGCAGAGUUCACCGGUGUCCUGAGACUUCGCGAGCACGAGAUCAAAGAGCACGGGCUGCUGCCGUACGCCUGCGACUACUGUGCCAAGAGGUUCAACCACAAGACGCACCGCGACCUCCACGUGAAGGCACGGCACACCGGAGAGAAGAGCUGCCACUGCGACAUCUGCGGGAAAGGCUACGCCUGCAUCAGCGUGCUGAAGAUGCACCGCAUGACGCACUUCGACAAGACCUUCAUCUGCGACGUCUGUGGGAAGAGCUUCUACCACGCCUGCCACCUGACACGACACAAGCUGGUCCACCAGGACGUCCGGCCGUACCGCUGCGACGUCUGCGGGAAGGGCUUCACGCAGGCCGCCAACCUGCGCAGCCACCAGGCCAUCCACACCGGAGAGCGGCAGCUCUGCUCCAUCUGCGGGAAGAGUUACCGCUGCCUGAAGAACCACGUCAUCAGCAAACACUCGCAUGAGCUGCCAGCCGACGGGCUGCCGGCCGCGGACGCCAUCAUCACCUGCGACGUGUGCGACAAGAAGUUCCCCAACCUGUCGCAGUUUAAGGUGCACCAGCGGCGCCACACGGGGGAGAAGCCGUUCCACUGCGACGUCUGCGGGAAAAGUUACCGGCUGAAGGAGCUGCUGAGGGACCACAGGUACACCCACACCGGGGAGAAGCCAUACAGGUGCGGCCUCUGCUUCAAGACCUUCAACCUGGCCACGAGCUUCAUGAGGCACCGCAGCAUCCACAGCGGAGAGACGCCGUACAGCUGCCACGACUGCGGGAAGAGCUUCCGCCUGCUCACCUUCCUCAAGGUGCACCUGCAGACCAAAGCUCACCUUAGGCAGGCGCAGCAGAGGGCGACCUCUGACCUCUGACCCAACCAACCACGGCCUGCCCUCAGAUGUAAACAUGUAGAUGUUUGUUUGAUCAGCUGAUCAGCCGCCAGCUCGUUAAGGUGAUUAACGGACACACAGGUGGAUUAAUGUGUCGACAUCUUUAAUCUGAUGGAUUACAUCAUCAUUACAUCAGAUUAACCAGAGGUCAGAGGUCAGCGGCGACAGCAACAAAAUACAAGUACCAGCGACAAACCAGCAGAGUAAUCAGAUUACAGUAAUCAGAUUACAGCAGUCCAAACAGAUGAGAUGAUUUUUAAUAAUGAAUAAUAAAGUGUCUGUUCUGGAGCUUUCAGUCGGCCUCACUGUCUUCUUAGUCUUCAUCGUGUCAGACUGCAGUCAUGGAGCUGACCUGCAGGGGGCAGCAGCUGACAGGACAGGUGAGUCACCUGUUCACCUGCUCAGGUCACAUGACUGCCGGGGUUCGAACCUGUGAGGUGUCAGAGCGAACCACAGAAGAAGAGACGAGCUCGUUAGAGUCAAACGAUGUUUGACAGGAAACAGUUUAAACUACUUCCUGUUUGAAAAUCAACAAAAUAAAAUGUUCUGUUUUAAAAAUUAAAAACUGAUUUUUAAUAAAACAUGAAAAAGUUUUGUGACUUUAAUAAACUUUAUAAAAA